ACGCGUCGCUCACACUAUCUGUCCCCGUCACACACACACACACAAGCACGGCAGCGUCGCGAUAUCGGUGUGUUUUAUCGCAGAACUGAAGAUGAUCAAGCUUUUCUCGCUGAAGCAGCAGAAGAAGGACGAGGAGUCCGCGGGGGGACCGCGAGCCGGGGCCGGCGGGAAGAAGGCGAGCGCGGCCCAGCUCAGGAUACAGAAGGACAUCAACGAGCUGAACCUGCCGAAGACGUGCGAGAUCGUUUUCCCCGACCAGGACGAUCUGCUCAACUUCAAGCUCAUCAUCUCGCCAGACGAGGGUUUCUAUAAAGGUGGGAAAUUUGUCUUCAGUUUUAAGGUCGGACAGGGUUACCCUCACGACCCUCCAAAAGUCAAAUGUGAAACGAUGGUUUAUCACCCCAACAUCGACCUCGAAGGAAACGUCUGUCUAAAUAUUUUGAGAGAAGACUGGAAGCCGGUCUUGACGAUUAACUCCAUCAUAUACGGACUACAGUAUCUGUUCCUCGAGCCGAAUCCCGAAGACCCCCUGAAUAAAGAAGCGGCCGAAGUCCUUCAGACGAACCGGCGGCUCUUCGAGCAGAACGUCCAGCGCUCGCUGCGCGGCGGAUACGUGGGCGCUACGUACUUCGAGCGCUGUCUGAAAUAGUCCCGCGCGCCGGCCCUCACGUCCGAGAAUGCAUUUAUCGUUUACAUGCGCUGAGAUGCACUGACCGACACACUGACCGGAGCGCGGGGGGGUUAUUAAGGAAUAGGCUGGGAAAGGCUGGUCAGUGAUUGUUGCUCAGAGAAUUCAGUCGUAUUUUGCCACUAUGCUGGUACCCACUGUUUAUUUUUGCUGAGAUUCACAUGCUAACUUAUCCUCCCACUCACAGACAUGAACCGAGAGCGAGACGUCAUUUCACUUCUCUUGUAUUCCAUUAUGAAGGCUUGAGGACUGAUUUCCUCUGGGCUUCAGCGACGGGGAUCCUGCCUCGCGUCGCACAUAUUCAACUGUGUUUAGUAGUCACUAAUUUUUAUGUUUGCAAAAAAAAAAGACGUGUAUAGCAUCGCAUCUGACCAAUUCUGAUAGUAUUGACAAUUUGAUAACCCGUUGAGCCUGGAGACUGGUUAACACGAGAUCCACAGGAUCCGUCUGCAUUGGGGCUGUUGUGAGCUUGGGAGACCUUAAGAUGUUUUGCUAUAGUUUUCCUGGUUGGGAAUGGGUGGGAUUGGAUUUUCUUGAGGAGGGAAGGGUAUGACGUAGGGUUAGGAAUGGUUAUGUAAAAUGUUACAAUUCUGUUGUGUAUAUUGAAAUCCCAGUUGUUCAUGAUGACUGCAAUAUGAAUUAUGUUAAAUAAAAUAUUGAUUUGAAUGCCUACAUUUUAAAAUGAGUGUAAACUACAACAGCAGAUUGUCUUUAAAAAACAACGACGACAAUAAAAUGUUUUAUCUGA